AGAAUGAAAUAGAAUAUAAUAACUAUUGAUAACUUAAUAAUUUAUUUUUCUACAUAGUCUCCGAGUCUCUCUACAGUCCAGCGCGUUUCCAAGGCUUCAAUCUCUUUCAAAAAAAAGUUUGUCUUGGUCCUGCAAAAAGUUCUCCGCGACAUCCAUCACCUCGUCAUCGUCAUCGUACCUGUUUCCCUUAAUUAUUCUUUCAAUUUGGGAAACAGAUAAAAAUAGCUAGGCGCCAAAGCUGGUGAAUAAGCGGGGUGGUCAACCAAUUCGAAGUCAGCUUGCUAAAUGGCAGCCAUCGCAACUGCCGACCUUUGCGCGUGUGCGUUGUCGCGAUGAAACAGCACGCUCCUUCGAAGUUUCCCUCUCCUUUUCUCUUUGAAGGCAUUCCUCAACUUGGGAAUUAAAGCUGCUUAACAUUGGCCUGUAAUAGUAGUUCCACACUCCAGGUAAUCCAUAAAUAAUAUCCCUUCUAAGUACCAAAAUAUUGAGGCCACCUUGCCAGCCGAUGCCACGGCACGAAACUUCUUCGGGGUCUGUAAUGACGGCAAUUUCCAUUGCGAAGAUUGCAGUUUUGUCUCGGUAUCAAACUGAUGGAACCAUGUUUCGUCCAUUGUUACGAAACGAGACAAAAAUCGUCUUGAAACUUGUCCAACAAUAUCUUCGAAAUAUCAAGUCGAUUUUGUUUCUGACUGUCGGUUAACAUUCUCGCCAACCAUCUUGCGGAAACUUUUUUCAUAUUCAAAGAUUGUUUCAAUAUGGAUUGAAUACUUCCAUAUUAAAUGUCCGUUUCUUGAAUUAAGUAUCGGAUAGUAACUCUUUGAUCGCUCAAUAUAAUUUUCUCAACUUUUGCAACAUUUUCUUGGGUGACUGGCAUCGAUGAAAAAAUUUGCAUGCUAGGGGAGGUAGGGGAGCAUUGGGCAGUCGGGAGGUUUGGGCACCCCCUCAUUUCUCCAAAACUUUCAUAGAUAUUUUUUGUUUUCUACCACAGCACUAUACUUUAUUCACUAGCAACACCGCUUAUCUAAAGUGUCAGCUGUCAUUUCACUUGGUUGUCAAGUUACAUGCGCGUAACGGUUUGCUGCGUACAGAAGUAAAUAUUUUAUUUGUGAUUUGAUGUAACUUAUCAAAGAAAUCUGCAAGAACGUGACAAUGCCGUUUUCAUUUAAAAAGAAAAAUAAGCGACGUGAAAUCCCUAAAGAUAUUAUUUUGCGCGCAUUGGAAGAAGUUUCCAAAGGUGCUAAAAUUAAAAGUACUGCGAAUAAAUAUGACAUACCAAGAUCUAACCUUCAAAGGUAUAUCAAGCAGGGUGGUGUCGUAAAAGAUAAUUCUUGUAAAUUUAUAUCGUCUCAAAUAUUCACAAAAGAUGAAGAAGAGAAAAUUUCGGAAUAUCUUGUAACAUCUUUUAAACUAAACCAUGGACUAUCAAAACUGAAAACACGCGAAUUGGUUUAUGAAUACGCCACUGCCAUUAAAAAGAAAAUACCAGAUAACUGGACAGAGAAGAAACUUGCAUCCAAAGACUGGAUAAGGGGAUUUUUUAAAAGACAGCCUCAACUUUCGAUAAGGACACCAGAGGCUACCAGUCUGUCACGGGCCACAAGCUUCAAUAAGACAAAUGUCGGAAAUUUUUUUGAAAAUCUUAAAACUGUGUAUGAACGGCAUCGCUUCGGCCCUGAGUCUAUUUACAAUAUAGACGAAACUGGAUUAUCAACGGUGCAACGAACCCAGAAAGUGAUUGCUCUCAGAGGCACUAAGCAAGUUGGGCAAGUAACGUCAGCUGAAAGAGGGACGCUUGUAACGGUUUGCUGCGGUAUUAAUGCAUUGGGUAACUCAAUACCACCAUUUUUCAUAUUCCCACGGGUUAAUUUCAAAACAUAUAUGCUAAAUGAUGCCCCUGUUGGUUCAGAUGGAGCAGCACAUCCUUCAGGGUGGAUGACAUCACCAAAUUUUUUAAAAUAUAUUCACCAUUUCGCCAAACACGCAAAACCAACGCCUUCAUCGCCAGUUCUUUUGCUGCUGGACAAUCAUGAGAGCCAUAUUUCAGUACCAGUUCUCGAUUUUUGCAAACAAUCAGGCAUUGUUUUAAUGACUUUCCCACCACACUGCAGCCAUAAACUGCAACCUCUAGACCUGACUGUCUAUGGACCACUGAAAACUUAUUAUAACACUGCUGUAACAGAUUGGAUGGUAAGCAAUCCGGCCAAAACAGUAACAAUUUAUGAAAUACCAAAAUUAGCAGCAAAAGCCAUUCCACUAGCAUUCAAGUUGCAGAAUAUUCAAAGUGGAUUUGAAAAAUCUGGCAUAUGGCCAUUGAAUUCAAAUAUUUUCUCCGAUGAAGAUUUCGCUUGUUCUUUUAUAACUGAUCGCUGCUUGUCGGAAGAGGGUAAUGUUCCUUCAGAACAAUCUAUUUCAGACCAACCUGUCACUGAACAGCCUUCAACAGGGGAAAAUCAGAGUCUAGAGGAUCGUACAAGUUCAAAUGUGGAAGUCAUUGGGCCAUCUCAAUUGGAAUCUCCCUCUACAAGUCAAAUUAGUGGCACUGUCAAUGUAACACCUGAUGUAGUAAGACCGUAUCCGAAGGCCGGCCCCAGGAAAUUGCAGGGUAUGAAACGGAAGAAGGGAAAAACUAGAAUAUUGACGGACACACCCGAGAAAAGACUUAUAGAAAUGGAAGAAGAAGAAAGACAAAGAAAAAACAAGAUCAAAGAGCUCAACAAAAAUAGAAAAUGCUUCAAAAAUACAGGACAGAAAAAAAUUCCGAAACUUGCUGAUGAAUUUACUUCCAAACUAGAGAAAAACAGGAAAAUUAGCAGCGAUGAUGAAAUAGAAAAUGUUUCAGUUUCUGACGAAACCGUUGUUGAAUCGGAAGAUUUUGAUGAAGACGAUGUGAUCGUUCUGGAUAGAAAUUUCCAGAUCAAUAACUUUGUAUUAGUGAAAUUUGACACCAAAAAAACUGUCUACCAUUAUGUUGGAAUAAUCGAAGAUGUUAAUCAGACGAUGGCAACUGUAAAAUUUAUGAGAGUGAGUAAGUUAAGAAAUACUUUUAUAUUUCCUGACAUCGAGGACGUAGCCAGUGUCCUCCUGGAGGAUAUAAAGACAAAAUUGCCUACACCAACGACAUGGAUGAAACGUGGCAGCUUAAAAUAUAAAUUUGACAAGCCUCUAUGGAUCAUACCAAAUAUAAGAUAAGUUUAAUUAAGUCUAACAUCGUGCAGUACUGAUUCUAAGUCACAUUGUUAAAUUUUUCUAAAAUCUAUGAUAAGAAAAAAUGUUUGUAUUACAAUUUUUUAUAGUAAUGUUAUAUAAUACUUAAGCCUAGUAGUAUAGUAAAGCAAUUUCGUGCAUAUUAAAUACAGUGCCCAAACCUCCCUACAUGGGUGCCCAAACCUCCCGACCGCCGGGAGGUUUGGGCACUUUGGACAUGUGUUCGAAGAUCUCUUGUAACUUUGAAACUAAUUACAAUAUUGAAACUUUUCUUAAUAAUAAUUACUACCAAAUAUGUGUGCUCCCUAUAUUAGGAAUAAAAUUUUGAUUAUGAUAAAAAAUAACAGUUUUAUUAACAUUUAUGUAAAAAAGUGCCCAAUGCUCCCCUACCUCCCCUAAUCUUAGCAAAACAUGUUGAAACUUUGACCGUUAAUAACGCCGUCGCAUGCGUCAGUAGCGCCACUGUCGCAGAAGACAUGUUAUCAAGAACACGGCUGUGUAUUAAAAAAACAAUGCGAAGUGAAUUAUAAGUUUUAUCCAAGAAAUUUACAUAUCCAAAUAUAAGUAUAAAUGUGACAAUAUUUAGUGUAUCAUACUUGACAUGAAUGUAAGCUGUGACAUACUCGUAUUGUACAAAUUGAAUUUAAAUCUAUAUAUUAUUGUAUUUGUUACUUGUAUGCGAUUAUUAUUUGACAUUGGACUAUUGUAAUUGUUUUAAAUCAAAGCUUUGUAUUAUUUAAAACGUUUAUUUAUAAAAUGCUAAUCGAAUCACAAUAUUAAUUAUAGAAAAAUGUCGGUUUUUUUUUAGAACACGUGGCUUUUGUCGAUUCACUUCGCUCGCUAGCUGUUUGACAGUUCACCUGUCAUUGCAUUCAAUUUCUUUAUUUGUGGAAUCGCCACAGAUAUAUUCAACAGUAAUAGAAUGAAUUGUAACAGUUGACGAAUUAUUAUUACUUAAUGUCGUUAAACGUUAUCGUUUUUUGGGAGAAUUAUUGACAGAAUGACAUAAUUUGUACUCUAUUAGCACUUAUAUGUAUGUAUUAAAUGUGAUGUAUCUUGUACCCAGUAAUAAUUUUGCAUGAUUUAGAAUAUAAGGCGAACAUUUGUACUUCACCUAAUAGAUCAAUAUC